CCUGGUCAUUACAACGAUUAAAGAAAACCGCUUGAAUUAUUAAUCGAUCAUCACUGAUCUCAACAGAUCAAAAAGGUAAUAGGAACCUAUUUGAAAUGUAUAGAGCUAACUAACACUUUGAUUGGAACAUGUUUAUGAACUGAAUAUCAACGAACAGUAGAAUUUAUCGCCUCAUUGAUUAAUCAGUUUCUGAUAACUUGGAUCUGCAGUUCUCGAUCUUAAUCUGCUCCAUCAGAUCAGAUCGGACGCACCUGGAGUCAGUGACAUCAUUUGAAUAUUACGGAAAAGACCAUCUGUAAGGUAAGUUGUAAAGUACAAUCACCCAAAUUGAUCAUCUUUGUUCGCGGGGUUGCGAAGAUGCUACCGAGCCGUUACGUUAUUCCCCAUGUAGCAACCUUUUGUUCUGCAAUACGGCUUGCGAAAACGUUGCGAGUAUAAAUAGCCGAGGUUCCAGCGAGCUUGGAUCAGAACAGUAUCAAGUAAUAUCAGCGUAAAGAUGAAAGCAGUCCAAGUCCUUGGCCUUUUGGUUAUUGUGGCAGUGUUCCUAGCCGCUCCAGCUAACGCCGGCGAACUGGUGAAUCGGUUGAUCUCGGUCUGUACCCACGAUCAGAAGCCCUCGGCGGAUCUGCUAGAACGCUACAAGAAUGGAGACUUCCCGGACGAUCGCGAUAGCAAGUGUGUGAUGCGGUGCAUUGGCCUAAACCUCGGAGUGUACGAUGACAUCAAUGGGGUCCACAUGCACGAUACGUGGCAAAUGUUUCGCCAAGGUCGAGCUGCGACCGAGGAGAAGGCCUUCGCCGAUCAGCACAACAAGUGCAUCAAGCAGCAGACGAAGAACGUCCCGGCGGAUGACUACUGUGGACAGGUCUAUGCCGUGUUCCAGUGCUACAAGGACGAGUACCUAGCUCUGCUGAGCAAUAUCCGGAAAGCCGCUGCCAAGGCUCAAGGUUAGGAAUAGACAGACAAUGUUCAUCUAGAAAUAAAUACCCAUGGUUAGCGCUUUCUGAUUCACCCUGGAAAGCAAAUGGUUCGGAAAACCCAUUCGACACGGAUUUGUUAUCAUUGUUUCGUCCGAUUAGCAUAUAGCAGCUUGCCUUUGCCAAUAGAAACCGGCAGUCAAUUGUUAUGCAAUGAGCCAUGGUAAAUCAUCUUCCGUCAGACGCGUUGUAAGCAGCCGUCCCGUCAGUGAGUGAUACACAUCUUCGCAUGUCUUUGCCCAGUUAGUGAUCUGAAACGGUUCACUUUACACCACUUCCCUGGAAGUAAAGCGCAGUAUCACACGCCCACUCAACCCACUGGCUGUGCUUCUCGGUGGAAAAAUAAAAACUUAGGUCGUGAAGAAAGCUCACGCCAUUAUUCGCGGAAGUCAAGGUUAGGGAAAAUGGAUGUAAUGAAUGCAUGAAUAAGUGGGUUAGUAUAUAGGUACCUCUGCAGCAGCACGUGGGUAAUAUGGCUCUAUAGGGAGGUGCACUUGAACGGUUGCAUUUCGCGUUGACUUUCACCCAAGA